ACAAACGUCAAACAUGGUUGUGGGACCCGUCGAUCACACUAUUCAAGCUGAUAUAAUUUUUGUUAUUGAAGGGACUGCAAUUAACGGCGCUUAUUUAAAUGAUCUAAAGUCAAAUUAUAUUAUACCAACAUUAGAAUAUUUCAGCCAAGGGACAAUUGAAGAUUAUGUCUGUGAAAGUACAAACACACUUUAUGGGAUUGUCACGUAUCAGGCAGCUGACUGCCUACCUAACCUUAGCAGUGACACAUAUGGCCCAUACACCAGUCCUCAGAAAGUGCUCAUGAUGCUUGAGAAAAUCGGAAUGGAGUUUGUAGGAGGCAAGGGUGAGUCACAUGCCAACAUUGCCGAGGGGCUGGCUACAGCUCUGUUGUGUUUUGAGGAUCUGCAGCCCAAGCGAGAUGUGAAUGCUUCACCUCAGAAACAUUGCAUCUUGGUGUGUAACUCACCUCCCUACAUGAUGCCUGUCAGAGAAACCCCUGUGUUUGAUGGACUCAAUGUUGAACAACUAGCUGGGGUACUAAACGAGCGGAACAUUCACCUCUCCAUUUUGUCUCCCCGUAAGAUCCCUGCUCUGUUCAAGUUGUAUGAGAAGGCAGGAGGAGAUCUGCCGAGUCAAACUAAGAACUACGCCAAAGAUCCUCGUCACCUUGUGUUACUCAAAGGUUACAGUUUGAAGGAGAGACCCAUCAGUCCAGGGCCAGUUCCACCUGCUCCUCAUGCCAGUCUGCCAAUUCAGUCCAUGUCUUCCCCCUCCCCAAUUUUGAAGGAGAGACCCAUCAGUCCAGGGCCAGUUCCACCUGCUCCUCAUGCCAGUCUGCCAAUUCAGUCCAUGUCUUCCCCCCUCCCCAAUAUAAACAGUCCUCAGCAGCCCCAGCCCAUCUUCAAACCUGCCCAGACCACUCCUCCGGUGAUGUUGGGUAGCCAGCAGAGUCCAGCAGCUCAGCCGCAGCCCUCGCCCGCUGCCCAGGCCGCCCCAGCCGCUCAGACAGUAGCCCCCGCCCGUGGUGCUGCCCCCUUCCCCCCCGGCUACAUGCUGCCCCAGGCCAGGGCACGGUGGCCUAUGAUGCCUCCUCAGAACAGAGCCCCGUACACCAACACUGCACAGCAAGGCAGUGCUCUCAUAGCACAACUCACACAACCCCCCACCAUGGCUGUCAACCCUCAGUUCUCCAAAGAUGAGCUCUAUUUUGUAGACCAGCAGAUGAGCCAAAGUCCCCGUAUGAUGGGGGCCCCGUCACCAGGUACUCAACUGACCAGCCCUGCUCAGGCUCCGCCUACACCUGCUCAGCCACAGCAGCCUCCCCCACAACCACAGGCCGGCAGAGAGAGACACACUAUCUGGCAGGGUGUGCUGGAGUGGAUUGAAAAAUCAAAAACACCGAAUGACGCACAGAAGAACACCAGGCAUGUGCCAUGUCAGGUCUCUGCCCAUUCCAAGGAUGGUGAACCUGAGCUGAAAGCAGAUUCUUGGCCUCAGAAGCUGAUCAUGCAGUUGAUGCCCAAGCAACUCAUAGGCAACAUUGGAGGAGCUUACCUCAAAAACUCCAAAUCUGUUCUGUUCCAUCCACAACCUUGUGAAGCACUCGAGUCACUCACCAAAGUCAUGAGUUCAGGCUUUGCUGGAUGUGUACACUUCACCAGUCUUUCAACCUCAGCCUGUGACAUCAAGGUGCUGAUCCUACUGUACACAGCUGAAAAGAGAGCUUACCUUGGGUUCAUUCCUAAUGACCAGGCUGCUUUUGUAGACCGUCUGAGGAAAGUGAUUCAGCAUCAGAAGACUUCGCAAGCAAUGAGUCGUCAGGGACAGGGUGGAGCACCAGGCCAGGCACCAGGUAUGAACCCUGCCCAAGGUGUCCAGCAAGGGGCCUCAGGUAUGGGGGGGCCCAUGGCAGGAGGCAUGCAGCAACAGGGGGGCCUUAUGGGUAGACCUAUGGCUUCCAUGGGACAGCAGCAAAACACUCUUGUGGGUCAGGCAGGACAGGCAGGAGGUGCUGUAGUCAGUCAGGCAGGUCCUGGGGGUGGAGGUUUGAUGUCAGGACCUACCACACAGCCUGCUACCAGCCAGGCCAAUAACCAGAUCAAUAUACAGGGAGGAAUGCAGUACAACCCAGGACCUCAGCAGAUGGAGGUGGCCAGGAAACAGAACCUAGUCAAGAUAGAACAGCUCAGACAGACGCUAGAGGCAGCUCAACAACAGGAACAACACUACAAGUCUCAAAUGGAAAUUUUCAACCAUAUGAAGAUCCAGCAACUACAACAAAACUUAGAACAGGCUCAACAACAGGAAAACCUCUUCAAGUCUCAGAUGGAGCAGGAGCAGCAAAAGCACCAGUUGAGAGCACAGUUGCAUCAACUUCAACAACAACAACAACAGAGACAGAUCACACCACAGCAACAGUCCAACAACGCUGGUGGAAUGGCACAACAACAGCUGGCAGGGGCAGCCAACCAACAACAGAUGAUGAGACCUGCCAUGUCCAACAACCCGGGCCUGAGGCAUCUGCUGCAACAGCCUCAAUAUCGACAACAGAUGAUGGGAAUGCAACAGAUGCAGCGUAACACCAACACACAACAACCGUUUGACGACAAUACAUUUGACUUCCUAAACUAGAAAAAUAUCUAUUUAAUCCUCGGGUCUCGGGAUUAUGUUAAUUCUAUAUGUUUACUAAACCCAUUUAUUGAUUGUAUACAAAAGUUUGAAUUUUCAAAUUUAAUUCUACAAGUUUACAUUGUAAUAUUUAAAAAAUAAGAUAUUAUUUUUAGAAGCUGUAACAAAAUGUAAUGAUGUUUAUCUAUAAUGACACACACACCCACAAACGUUUUUAUAAGAAACAUAGUAUUACUGAGUACACACUUUUGCUACGUUUAAAGGUCAGUAAGGUGAAUGUAUCUUGAAAUUGUUAGAAAGUGUACCAACAAUUUAUUGAAAUAAGUAUUACUAAGAUGGUUUAUUUUUUGAGAAGCAAAAUACAAGGCCUUCUCUAAAAAUGCCAAAAGAUGUGUUACACUACAAUUUGGUGUGAUUUUUUGUAAAGUAUCUUUAAUAUUUUUAUUUUGUUAUUGUUGAAUAUUUAAUCACUCUUUUAUUUUUAAAAUUGUAAUUUUUUAUUUAGUUUUAAAAUAAGAUUUUAAUUAUGACAUCAACUUGAUGUGUUCGAAGUAUUUUUGUACAACAAUUAAACAUGUUAAGUUAUAUUGUAUUUUUAACAUUUUAACAUUAAAGUAUAUAAAUAGAAGUGUUUAUUGAAGUGCAUGGGCUUAGUUAAUAUUUUAAAAGAUGUGCAUGAAAAUAUUUAUUUAUCAAACAAAUGUAAAUAGCAUAACGAUCGAUCAUAUAUUUAAACCUAAAUUAUCAUGAAAUCUCAGUUCAAAGCUGUUGUAUUUAGUCCUGAUGAAUAUUAGAUUAAUUUAACCUUUUUUGUAAUAUGUAAUACAGACUCCAAAGAAUGUAGUAAAUUAUAUUAUUGUUUUAAUGUUUUGUAACCUAAUUGUUUUUUCUGUCAAAUCAAACUCUUUCUGUUUUAGCGAAUUUCCCAUAUAGGGAAUAAGCUAUUACCGUAGUACUCAUGGUAAGACCUGGACCCGGGACCGAUCUAAUAUUUCAUUUUGAGGUCCCUAGAGGCCAAAAACACCAUCUGUUCAAAUUCAUAUAUAUACAAUUGUUUGGAUAAAGGGCUACUAUUAUAAAUAUAUAUAUAUAUAUAUAUAUAUACAGGGUGACAAAAAAAUCUGGAAACGGCUUAAUAUCUUUUUAGCUAAAUCCGUUAGAAAAUUAAAAUCUUUCACACCAACUUAUGUGUAUGAAAACUACUUUUUGCAAGCAUUGUCAUUUUUUGACCUCCACUAGGGGACGACCCAUGACGAGUAGGUAUAUAAUCUUUAAUGUAAGCAUAGGUCUAUAUGCACAUCAUUUUAAAGUGCUGAUCAAGUGGAGUUCAUUGCCGGAAACCGCGUCUCAAAAGGUUCAUCUGUUACAAAAUGGCGGCUAUCCAAAGUUCUUGUGGAAUAUACCGGCACAGGCUUAGUACUGGCAAAUACUCGUAGUCAACAUUAGCCGAAAAAGCUGAAACCCGGUUAAAUUUGUUUUGAAUAUUGAAUAGUAUUAUUCAAUGAGAUAGUUUACUUUAAAUGUCAAUUUCAGCUCUUAAGCUAAUGUUGACUACGAGUAUUUACCAAUACUAAGGCCUGUGCAGGUAUAUUCCACAAGAACUUUGGACGUCCCCCAUUUUUUAACGGAUGAACCUUUUUAGCUACGGUUUCCGGCAAUGAACUCCACUUGACCUUGAGCCCUUUAAAAUGAUGUGCAUAUGCUACCGACCUAUGCUUACAUUAAAGCUUAAGUACCUACUCCUCGUGGGUCGUCCCCUGGUAGGGGCCAAAAAUUGGUAAUGCUUGCAAAAAGUAGUUUUCAUUCAUGAAAGUUUAUGUGAAAGGAAUGAAUUUUCUAACGGAUUUAGGUAAAAAGAUAUUAAGCCGUUUCCAGACUUUUUUGUCACUCUGUAUAUGUGUGUCCUUUAGCGCGAUAACUCGAGCAAGAAUGAUCCGAUUUUGAUGAAAUUUGGUACAAACGUGUAAACCUACGUUUAUUCAAACGAGUUCGCAAACCAGCAUAAACAGACCAUGGGAAAACAGGGGUUUAUGGGGAGUUUUAUGGGGUAAAAAUGGGGUUUUCCCAUUAUUGUAGUUUUACUUGUUUGUGGAUAUAUAUUGAUAAAAUUUGGCAAAUUUAUUUAUUUCAUCUAUACUAUUGACAUAUGGUCAAAAAAACUUUUUACCUUCCCCGUAGCAGCAAAUCUAAUGUUAUUUAAAUUCGGAAUAAAUAUGUCUUAGUUAUGGAAAUAUUUUAGUAAAAAUGUAAUCAGACAAGUUGAAAUUCGCUUAGUCUGCAGGUGUGCUGCGGCGGGGGUAUUUUAAAUAUUUUGUUUGUAUGUAAAUAAAUAUUACUGCAAA